AUGGACAACGCGAUUCGAUCAUCUGUGGUGGUUUUGGGAUCAUUGGCUUUUGGUUACAUGUCUCUCCAACUUGGCUACAAGCCUUUCCUUGAAAAGGCUGAACAAUACCAACAAUCUCUUCAAUCUCCACCUUCUCAACAACAACAAGAUGAACAAGAAGAAGCGAGGUGGGACAAUAACAAUAUCGAGGGAUGGGAGGAGAAAAGGUAG